UUGAGUGACUCCGAUCAAAAACAGGCGUUCUUUUCAAAUAUAGAGAUUGGCUUUUAUACGGCGGUGCACGACGGCGCUCCGCUGCCAGCAACGGCCAUUGAACCUAACCGAACCGAGGAAAAAUCUGACGGGAAACCGGAGAGCGGCGGCUGACUGGCCGGGGACACGACAUCAGGGGAAGAGAAGGAAGGAAGGAGGAGAGAGGGUAGCGGGAGGAGUGGGGGAGGCAUGACAGUUUAGGCAGGCGGUAUAGACCAAGGGGCGAAGUGUGGUCAACAGUAGCCGAGAAACAUGCCCGAUCCACCCUGUGCGCUUUCCCACUACUAGUGUUGGCUCGACGUCAGAUGCUGUGCGGCAGUGCAGCAGGAGGAGCUCAGGCUGGCGAGGCUGUUUAGACCGCCGCUUUACUUACUCACACUCUCACUUGGUCACGCUGGAUCUUCACAAACCUCCGGUCUUUCCCUCUCACCCCUCUCCAAUCUCUGCCUGUGUCUCUCAGUAGAUGGAUUUCUUCAAGCUGAGCCCUGCCUAACAUGGAUGCCCCGCCACCUCCACCACCACCACCUCUACCAUCAUCUUCCUCAGCUGAGUCGGAGGGCUAUUUCUUCUUGGCGCAGUGAGCUGGACACGCAGUGCUUUUUGCCAAAUGGAUGUGGGGAAACCGUUGCCCAGCCCGCCUGUGGUGAUCAUGCCGUGAUCUUGCAGUCGCCUCGCUUCACAUUAAAGGAGUGAAAGAAAAAAAAAUCUGGGGAUAUACAGAUUCAGGGAAUAAAAAUCCUGUGCGCCACAUAAACACCAUGAAGAUUGCCUCCCUGCUGAUGUUUAGUGCGAGAUUCAGGUGCACCUUCAAGCUUCUACUGCUGCUAUUACACUGUGGGGGAUAUUCUCAUGGGAUGCCACAUGUCUUGAGAUUUGGAGGGAUAUUUGAGUCCAUUGAAAGUGGCCCAUCAGGUGCUGAGGAACUAGCCUUUAAAUUUGCUUUAAACACAAUCAACAGGAACAGAACCCUACUGCCAAACACCACACUAACCUACGACAUUCAAAGGAUAAACAUCUAUGACAGCUUUGAGGCCUCCAGGAAAGCCUGUGACCAGCUUUCUCUGGGGGUGGCAGCCAUCUUCGGUCCUUCUCACAGUUCCUCUGCCAAUGCAGUCCAGUCCAUUUGCAAUGCCCUGGGGGUGCCACACAUCCAGACCAAGUGGAAGCACCAGGUAUCGGACAACAGAGAUGUCUUCUAUGUCAGCCUCUAUCCAGACUUCUCUUCCCUCAGCCGGGCCAUCCUAGAUCUGGUCCACUUCUUCAAGUGGAAGACAGUCACAGUGGUUUAUGAUGACAGCACUGGUCUGAUCCGGUUACAAGAACUUAUAAAGGCACCAUCCCGGUACAACAUACGGUUAAAGAUCCGGCAGCUGCCUGCAGAAACCAAGGAUGCCAAGCCGCUGUUAAAGGAGAUGAAGAGGGGGAAGGAGUUCCACAUCAUCUUUGACUGUGGCCAUGAAAUGGCUGCUGGGAUCCUGAAGCAGGCUCUCGCGAUGGGGAUGAUGACAGAGUAUUAUCACUAUAUCUUCACCACACUGGAUCUGUUCGCGCUGGAUGUGGAGCCUUACCGAUACAGCGGUGUGAACAUGACAGGCUUCAGGAUCCUCAACACUGAGAACAGCCAAGUGGCCUCCAUCAUCGAGAAAUGGUCCAUGGAGCGACUGCAGGCUCCACCCAAACCUGACUCUGGUCUACUGGACGGCUUCAUGACCACGGACGCUGCACUGAUGUACGAUGCUGUACACGUGGUGGCCGUGGCUGUGCAGCAGUCUCAGCAGAUCACUGUCAGCUCAUUGCAGUGCAACCGACACAAGCCCUGGCGCUUCGGGAACCGCUUCAUGGCCCUCAUCAAAGAGGCCCACUGGGAUGGCCUGACUGGGAGAAUCACUUUCAACCGGACCAAUGGCUUGAGGACAGAUUUUGACCUCGAUGUCAUCAGUCUGAAGGAGGAGGGGCUUGAGAAGAUUGGCACCUGGGACCCUCCAAGUGGCCUGAACAUGACAGACAACCAGAAGGGGAAGACAGCCAAUGUCUCGGAUUCCUUAUCCAAUCGAUCCCUCAUCAUCUCCACCAUACUGGAAGAGCCAUAUGUGAUGUUCAAGAAGUCUGACAAACCACUGUAUGGGAAUGAUCGCUUUGAGGGCUACUGUAUAGACCUGCUGAGAGAGUUGGCCAACAUCCUGGGCUUCACUUAUGAGGUUCGACUGGUGGAAGAUGGAAAAUAUGGUGCCCAGGAUGAGAACACAGGCCAGUGGAAUGGAAUGGUGAAGGAGCUAAUGGACCAUAGAGCUGAUCUGGCAGUGGCUCCCCUCGCCAUCACAUACGUGCGCGAGAAGGUUAUUGACUUCUCCAAGCCCUUCAUGACGCUGGGUAUAAGUAUACUGUACCGCAAGCCCAACGGGACCAACCCUGGGGUCUUCUCCUUCCUCAACCCCCUCUCGCCUGAUAUCUGGAUGUAUAUUCUGCUGGCUUACUUGGGUGUCAGUUGUGUGCUGUUUGUCAUAGCCAGGUUUAGUCCCUACGAGUGGUAUAACCCCCAUCCUUGCAACCCUGACUCGGAUGUAGUGGAAAACAAUUUCACCCUGCUAAAUAGUUUCUGGUUCGGAGUUGGAGCUCUCAUGCAGCAAGGAUCUGAGCUCAUGCCAAAAGCCCUCUCCACCAGAAUUGUAGGAGGAAUCUGGUGGUUUUUCACACUCAUCAUCAUCUCCUCCUACACGGCAAACCUGGCGGCCUUCCUUACUGUGGAGAGGAUGGAGUCGCCCAUCGACUCUGCUGACGACCUGGCCAAGCAGACAAAGAUUGAAUAUGGAGUGGUAGAGGAUGGCUCCACCAUGACCUUCUUUAAGAAAACCAAGAUUUCCACAUAUGAUAAGAUGUGGGAGUUCAUGAGCAGUCGGAGGCAUUCAGUGAUGGUGAAGAAUGUUGACGAAGGCAUUCAUCGUGUGCUCACCUCAGACUACGCAUUUCUCAUGGAGUCCACUACCAUCGAGUUUGUCACGCAACGCAACUGCAACCUCACCCAGAUCGGAGGCCUUAUUGACUCCAAAGCCUAUGGGGUUGGCACCCCAAUGGGUUCUCCAUACAGAGAUAAGAUCACUAUUGCCAUCCUACAGCUUCAGGAGGAAGGGAAGCUGCACAUGAUGAAGGAGAAGUGGUGGAGAGGAAACGGCUGUCCGGAGGAGGAAAGUAAGGAGGCCAGUGCCCUCGGUGUGCAGAACAUUGGAGGGAUCUUCAUCGUCCUAGCUGCUGGACUUGUCCUCUCUGUGUUUGUGGCUGUGGGAGAGUUCCUCUAUAAAUCCAAACAGAAUGCACAACUUGAAAAGGCCCAAUGGCGACAACGAGAUAAGAAACGUGAGGAAUUCUGCUGUCACCAUGGAUCCAAGCUAGACUUUAACCACCAUCUCAAAUGACCUCAAGUGAAACUCCAGAAACUUUUUUUCUAUGGCAGUCAAAGAUGACCUAAAACUACUGAAUUGUGUUUUUCUUUCUGACACUCCUCAGGGAAUGGGGACACUCUCAGAAUGCUGGUAGUAAUAUACAGUUGGAUCACAGACACGUAUUGCAAAUGUUCACUGUGCUGCAUGACCAUGCUUUCAGCAGCCACAUCCACUAACACACACCUCCCUACUUCCGCUGUCCAUUUCCACUCUGCAAACUACCAUCCUGCCUAUAUUGUAAAUAUUCUCACUGUUGAUGAUCACUGAUGUCAUUUAGCUAAUUUUUAGCUUUUUGACAAGACUGUGUUGUUUGACUGGAGUUUCCCAGCAAACACUGUGACACUGAAUAGCUGCUGAUAUAAUGGCCUGCACCAUCAGAUAAAUACUUUGGGCAACUGUGAAUACAUAAAAUGAAAUAAUUACAUUUCUCCAUAAUGUGUUCAGUAUCGACUCUUUAAUACCCAAUUAUGUUAUGAGAGUUCAGUUUCAUUUGUUGUGUUUAUAAACUGGGGCUGUUUACAAACUCACUGAAGGACACUAUACAAAAUAUUAGUGCAAGCUCUGGCUGAAGCCUAUAUUUUCUUAAUUCAGACUUAUUCCAUUAAUCUAAACUGCUUUACUAAUUUUAACCUAGGUUCACAUUAGGUUAGAUGAAGCUGUAACUGUAUAAAUAUGGAUGAUAAAUAAAUAGUAUGUCUUGUCCUGAAAUAAAUAAUUCUGUAUAUAUCAUGUAACAUAAUAAUUAACAAUAUAAAUGUAUCUGUAUUUAUUCAGCGUCACAACUUUGUAAGGAUAUAUUUACUUGAACAUUUUGUAUAACUUAAUGUGUUUAUAAGCAGCAGUCUGCUGCAAGAUAGAUGCCGCAACAUGUAGGUAAAUAGUUAACUGUUUCCUCAACUCAAGAGAGAUUUAUACGAUGUAUAAAAUGACUGUAUAAGCUCUCCAUUUAAAUUGCAGCUAUAAAUAAACAAGAAAAAAGUAUCAGUGAACAACAAACUGUAUAUUGUUAUAAUGAGAAAAUUCACAUUUUACGUAUUUCUAAAAGAAAAUCUUUAAAUGAAAAAAAAAAAUGUUUUGGGUGAUGUUUUUAGGCACCAAAAUGCUCAUUAAUACAAAACCUUUUUAAUUUUAAUUCAGUAAUUUUGAAGAUAUUGCAUACUGUGAUAAUCACUGAACUAUCAAUUUUCACAUAGGUAUGUAUUAGUUUAAUAUAGACAAGUUGUAUACAGUAUAUUUUGUAGUACAUUGUCACUCACUGUAAAUACUGCAACAAAAUAGAAAUGAAGUCCAUAGUCAUUCAUGCAUACUACUUUUGUAAAAUCUGGACCUAUUUAGUAUUUUAAAAUUGAUUCAAAAUAUUUUCUUGUGAGGUCACAGUCAAUGUUGCCUGCUGAUUAGCUUGACAUAUCUCGUUAAAAACUCUUGUUUUAAACUCUUUCAGGGCAGUUACCAAAUAAACAGUUAUCCAGUCCUUAAAGUGAAAAGAGACAACAUAUGGUAACCCUAAGUGCUCUUUCUGUGCUGUUUUGUCUUAAAAGUAAUAGGCUCUUAUGGGAGAGAGAAACAUUAAUAACACUUUCUGGAGCGAUACUACUAUUCCUGGUAGAGUUCAUUGACAGCUUCCAUUAUAAACAUUUGAUUAUAUUGAUUGUAUAGUGUUUUUGCUUGCCCCAGUGACCUCGUAUUGGUGUCAGACACCCCUGUUAUGUCACUCUGUGAAGGGAAUACACUCAGAACACUCAAACAUGUUAACACACAUAGGUAUUGAUACACAAAUACAUGACACAGAUACAGAUAUAACAUAAACACACCAGCAAAAGCUAAAAGCAGUGCCUGUGAAAAGAUGGGUUGAAAGCAGAAACAAUAACUGUAAAGGCCAUAGCAACCAAGGUUACUACGGUUACUUUAUCACACUUACAUUUACCUUCUAAAAUGCAUCCAUGACUCACAGCCAUACUACCUCCUAGACAAAAUUACAACCACAGUCUCUUCAAUAGCAUGAGCAAGUAAACAUAUUCAGGGUGAAACAUGAAUUUAAAGCGGCGCUAAGGUAGUACUUAGUAGCUGACCAGAUCCAGCAUCAACUAAUGGAAGAAGCUGAUAUCUUAUCACAGAAGUGAAUGUAUCAGUAAUUAAAAAACAGAAAGGUUUACUGGAAUACUUUUAAAGGGGCAAUACGUAAUGUGGUUUCUUGCAGUGAACACAUGGUGGUGAUGGAGUAUAAGCCAUUGUUGAGUUUUGUUAAAUUAAUUUGGGCUUUGAAAUAAAGGUAAAGUAAAAGUUAAAAAUGAUAUGAAACUUAAAUGGGUUUUUUGAGUCUGUGGUGAAAGAAGAAUUUUGAUCCCAGUGGAAGUAACAAUGAGUAUAUACCUGAUUUCCUCAUUCACCAUAAGUAUUUGCUAUUAUGUGUUUACAUACAAAACACAGAUUGGUACAAAAAGUGAUGCAUAAUCAAAAUGUUAUUAAUUUAGAGGAGAUAAUAAAUGAAAACAUAUUAAACUGUAACAAUAAAAUUGAAAGCAUAACAUCAACAAAGACAAGAAACCAUAAUGAAGAUAUGAACCAUAAUAUAUGUUUAAGUGCUUAUGAUUUUAAUCUACUUUUAAGUGGGAUGCUCCAUACUGUACAUGUAAUGUACCCUUGGUAUAGGAGGAUUUAAGUCAGUGCUCCAUCAUAUUGGCAGCAGUAAGGUAAUUAACCACAGGCAUACACGCACCCUGUACCUUAUUAUUUGGGGUACAUUAUGUGGAUUCUGCAUCCACAUAAUGUACCCCAAAUAAUAAGACUGACACAAUAUUAUUCACUACUGCCAUAAGGCUACCAAGGGUACAUUAGCUGGUGUUUCGAGUGUAUGUGACAGAAAGGGCACUCUUAUUGCCAGGGGACACAUCAGAUGCACACAUAACUCUAUAAAGUACUUUUGGCAAUACAACUGCCAUGGGUACAUGAUAUUGUGGUCCAGGGAUGCAUUAAGUACUUCUAGGACCCUAGAGGUCCCUUUGUUUCACAAAACACUACAGGUAGAAAGUAGGGGGUGAUCACUAACAUCAGCUUCCAUAUGUAUACUAUUGGUAUUUCCUCAGGUUGGUGCAGGCUAUCAUGUUAGCAUUAGUGUUCCAAAUGAAAAUGUUUACUGGGAGGAUGUAUUAAUAUUCUCAUAAGUAGUCCACUUUUUUACCUUCAGGCAUUAAUUUCCAUUAUCCAACAAGCAACCAACUGGAUUCAGUGUGUGUGCGUGUUUUCAGAUAGUUCAACCUAUCAUGCUUAGAAUUAAAAUAAUGCAUUCACAAACUGUUCUCCCCCCACUUUGAUAGAAGGUUUAUAUAUCCAACACUUUAAUGAGUGAGUAUGCCACAUUCUAAUGCAUUUAAUGUAAAAUAAGACAACACUGCUCCACCACAACGUUAAUUUCUCAACAAGGUUAUUCAUCCAUUUGGAAUAAGUUAAAUCAAGUCAGAUGCGACAGACCCAAUAGACCCUUGCAGGCAAAUAUCAGAAAUUCUGACUUUUUUCAGAUUAAAAAUUUCUCCAUUCAAAUGACAACAUAUCUCUAAAAUAUUAUAUUGACCAUGAAAUGCUGGCGCUCUUGUUUCAUGCAAAAAUUGCCACCACUGUCAUAUGUUAUGCAUCAGAGCACAGGCACAAUAAUUGACUCACUGUUUGUUUGGGAUUGUUCACAGUGAUUUACUUAGUAUUUAAACAAAAUAGAAUCACUGGAUCAUAAUAUAAUUGAAUCCAACUAAUGCUUAUGCAUUUAGCAAUUUGAGGCUGCCUAUUGGAUAUAGGACAUGCUGAUAUUCACUAACUUCUUUGUUGACUGAGAACACCUCUGAAAAAAGUAUUUGGACUAUCAGUAAGGACUUAGGCUCUUGACUAGAACCCAGAUUAAUAAAAUUCUUUGAAGUGGGUAAUCAGACUUUUGAAGUAAGUUCAGUUUCUGAGUGAGUGAAUCUCUAGAUUCUGAUGGCAGUCUCUAUAGUCCACAAUCACUUUCUCUUUGAUUUAGUCAAUAACUAAACCUGCUGAUUCACCAGACACAAAGUUUAGAAUUGGUUGUCCUUCUGGAGGUUUCUCCCAUCUCAAUACACAGGAUCUAUGGAGCUCAGCCAGCAUGACCAUCAGGUUCUUGAUGACCUCUGCUCAGUUUGGCCAAGUGACCAGCUAUAGAAAGAGACCUAGUUGUUAUACAUUUGCUCCAUGUAAGCGUUAUGGAGUAAAAGUAAAAAAUACUUUACAAAUGCACUGUACAUGUUCAAUGAUGCACCACAGCUUUUGUCUCAAAACUACCCCAGGUUGAAGACAGGCUUAUUUAGCUGUCAGUGGUAACCACAAUAGGCAAACACAACAGGACUGGUAGAGUUCAUUACAUUCACUGAAAUCUGCAUUUUGGUCAGGCUACUAUCCUUCGAAGUUCUGGAUAGGUCCUCUUUCCCUGCAUGCCACUAUGAGUGAUCAGAAUGCAGUGUGAAAAAUCAAAACUGUCACCCAUUGGACAACUUCAGUUGUCAUUUUUACUAAUCCAUUUAGCUUUCCAACAGUUACCCAACACUUAUUAUGUCUAGUCCCACAAUCCCUCAAAAUCUGGCCUUGAUGUAGUGUGGACAUAAUGUACUUUGAUAUACAAAGGAAUUACCUUCAAAAACUCAUUUUCAAUUUGAAAAAAGAAUGUGAAGAUAGCUCUGCAAACUAAUAUCACAUUUGCCACCUCUUUGCAUCUUCAGUUCACUCGAGGUAAACAGUACCAAAGCUUGAAUAUGAGUGGGUUUAGGAUUAUAAUCUGCUACCUGAUGCAUAUAACCUUGGACAGUAGCUGGGACAGUAAAAACAAAUGAGCACUGAUUAGUGACGUAUAAUGAUUUCCCUCACACAUUUUCACCUUGUUUUUAUCUGACUGAUGAAUUUAAGGACCACUGAUCACAUAAUUUGUACAACCAUAUAACUGGACAGAAGGUUUAUGUUGACCAAAUUUGCAAAAACCUUGUUUUUUUUGUUUUUGUUUUUUUUUUUUUACAUCCAUUGCUAAGUUUUACAAUCAUUUGUUUCUACAAUAUGUGCACAUGGCUAUAGCAUGAUUUAGGUAGAAAAGGUGGUGGUUAUGGAAAAUAAACCAUAGUUAAAAUAUAAUUUAGGUUAGGAGACAAAACACUUGGCUGAGGUUAGGGAAGGAUCAUGGUUACUGUUUCCAAACAGCAAACAUUAACUCCUGAACUGGGACAGGACAUAUACUGGUCUGUACCACUCGAACCUCCACAUUAUUACUUCCUGCUUCAUUACAUAAAAGGUGCACUGAGCAGAACUGCUCAGUGUGGAUAUAAUUCCAAAAGCUAUGCUUAGCCUAACAGUAUAACAGUUAAGAAAUUAUAAUAACCAUGCUGACCACAUAAAAAUACAGGGGUUCAGGUAGAUAGACACUCAGCCCUCUUGUUUGUGUUGCCAGUGGCUGUGGUUGUGAAUAUUGGAAGUAACCUAGGCUACCACAGUUUGGGAUAGUGACAAAGAUAUUAGCAAGUAUUGUAGAUAUUAAAGACAUGGGACUCCUAUUCCUAAAUCAUAACAUUACUGAAAAUUGGCAAAGCAUUUUUUAAAGACACUCUAUGUAGAACAGAGGGUUGUUUUUUUUUCUGGUCAGGAGGGAACCUCAAUCAUAAUGACUGUUUAUGACUCAGACUGGCUUAUAUGAGAUAUUUAAAAGUCCAGUACUUGAAAACCAAUCUAGAGGUCUAACCCUAAACUAGAUAUAUUUAGUCCAAAACUGAAGAUACACUAUAAUGUGUAGCUUGUGGAUCUCACAGUCCAGUGCUAAUUAAUAUCAUUAGAUAUCAUUAAUAUCUAAUCUGUGAAAAUGAACCAUGUAUCUUGUUUUAUUGUGAAAAUCAAACAUAUAUUUUGUUUAAUUGUUUGAGGCUUCUCAUAUAAUUGAAUACCAUCUACGUUUUACAUUAUGGGGUUGUUUUCGCACCAUGAUGCUGCAAGUGUCAAGUUGAAAAAUGUGGUGCUAAGCAUUUCUUUGUUGUGUUUUACAUGCUUGACAGUGCACACCCUGCAAUUUGCAUUUUAUAAUUACUUAUUUUCUGUAACAUUAGAAUGGAGCAAAAAUAGCAGCUAGUCAUUUAUAUAGUGAUCCAUACACCCCCUGACACAUUAGAGGAACUGUUAAUAGUGUUUUUAAUGGUUAAAUCGACAUGUUAACACCAUAAGUAUGUGUUUUUGAGAUUACUGCAUAUACUAAACAGAUUGCAAUACCACCAUGUGAGAGCACUGUCAGAAUAAAUAUACACUUGUUAACAAUUUUAAUAAACGUAUAAUAAACAUUUGAUAACUUUACAAACUACA